AUGCCACCCCGAGAGAAAGUUCGUGAAAUUGAUUUGGGUGCUGUGUCCGAGUUCGAGCUAGAGCCCGAGCUUGAGGCCGAUCUUGAGCCCAUUCCUGUUCCCAGACCCAUCAUAGACAUUGUCGUGAUGCCCUUGGUUGACGGAUACAGAUAUUGCCUGACAAUGAUCGACCGUUUUUCUCGCUGGCCAGAGGCUGUGCCAUUAAAGGAUAUGACUGCAGAGACCAUUUCUGAGGCACUAUGUUCUCGCUGGAUUUCACGUUUCGGCUGCCCAUUGACUAUUACAACUGAUCAAGGAGUUCAAUUCGAGUCGGCACUCUUCAAAUCACUGGCCAAUAUGCUGGGAAGCGAGCACAUUCACACGACGCCAUACCAACCCCAGUCAAAUGGCAUGAUCGAGCGUUGGCACAGGUCUAUGAAAGCCUCUUUGAUGUGCCAACCGGAUACACCAUGGACCAAGCUGCUUCCGACCGUCAUGCUGGGCCUCCGCACAUGCUUCAAGGAGGACAUUAAGGCAUCAGCAGCAGAAAUGUUAUAUGGUUGUACUCUACGCCUUCCAAACGAAUUCUUUUACGACCUAGACGCGCCUUCGAACCCACUCGACUUUGCCAGUCAGUUCCGCAAAAGAAUGCAGGUGGGCCAGCAACAACCUCGAGACGAGAUGGCAGCUCCAGCAACGGACUCUCGAGAAGUUAGCAGCUUCAGCAACUACGACGACACGCGACCAGACAUUGUUAUCAAAUAUUAA